CCAGUUGGAACACUGAGACAGUCUGUAGCGUGCGGUGCUGUUCAGUCUUACUGUUUGUAUACAGUGCGCUGUCUAAUAGGGGCUGGCUUGAAUUCGCUUCUUUAUGGCAUAGUUAGUGCACCACUGCAGUGACUGGAAAGCUAGUGCAGGGGCAGCAGUAACACUGAACUGUAGCUUUGUGCAGGUGCCUUCUCCAACAGGACUUACAGAAAACAACUGACGGGAUAAUUGUUCAUUUUGUUCUCAUUAUCCAGACACACGGUAUCAAAGGGGAGCUGAAGAACAUUUCUGCUGACGGGAAACAAAAUCCACAAAUUUAAAAGGAUGAGACCUUUAUUUGCUUUUCUCAUCCUCUGCAUAAGCGCCGCUGUCCCGCAUCUAACUAAAGGGGAAGUUUGUGAGCCCAACCUAUGUGAGAACGGGGGUGCCUGCUUGACGGGGUUGGCUGACGAGCCUUUUUCAUGUGAGUGUCCUGCUGGCUUCACAGAUCCCAAGUGUUCUAGUAUUGUGGAGGUUGCAGCGGACGGGGAGGAACCUACUACAGCAGGACCCUGUCAUCCUAACCCAUGCCACAAUGGAGGGACAUGUGAAAUAAGUGAGACUUACAGGGGUGACUCAUUUAUAGGAUACGUCUGCAAGUGCCCACUUGGUUAUAAUGGAAUCCAUUGCCAGCACAAUAUCAAUGAAUGUGAAAAGGACCCCUGCAAAAAUGGUGGGAUUUGUACAGAUAUGGUUGCCAACUACUCUUGUGAAUGCCCUGGUGAAUUCAUGGGAAGGAACUGUCAGUACAAAUGCUCUGGUCCACUUGGAAUGGAGGGUGGCAUCAUAUCCAAUCAGCAGAUCACAGCUUCGUCUACACACCGCGCUCUCUUUGGCCUCCAGAAAUGGUACCCCUACUUUGCCAGACUGAAUAAAAAGGGCCUGGUGAAUGCCUGGACUGCCGCCGAGAAUGACAGAUGGCCGUGGAUUCAGAUAAACCUGCAGAGAAGAAUGAGAGUUACAGGACUGAUAACUCAAGGAGCCAAAAGAAUCGGGAGCCCGGAGUAUAUAAAAUCAUAUAAAAUAGCCUACAGUGACGAUGGGAAGACCUGGAGAACUUACAAAGUUAAAGGCACUGAUGAGGACAUGAUCUUCCGAGGGAAUGUUGACAACAACACCCCCUCUGCCAAUUCCUUCACUCCGCCUGUGGAAGCCCAGUAUGUAAGACUAUACCCACAGGUCUGCAGAAGACACUGCACCCUCAGAAUGGAGAUGCUUGGCUGUGAACUGACAGGCUGUUCUGAGCCAUUAGGGAUGAAAACUGAUCAUAUCCAGGAUUAUCAGAUAACCGCCUCCAGCAUCUUUCGAACUCUCAACAUGGACAUGUUUACUUGGGAGCCCAGCAAAGCCCGUCUGGAUAAGCAAGGCAAAGUCAAUGCAUGGACCUCAGGGCACAAUGAUCAGUCACAGUGGCUACAGGUCGAUUUGCUCAUUCCUACGAAAGUGACUGGCAUCAUCACCCAGGGGGCGAAAGACUUCGGACACGUCCAGUUUGUGGGUUCCUACAAGGUGGCAUACAGUAAUGAUGGGCAAAGAUGGGUGAUAUAUCAGGAUGAACAACAGCAUAAGGAUAAGGUUUUCCAAGGAAACUUUGACAAUGACACGCACAGAAAGAAUGGGAUAGAUCCCCCCAUCUAUGCUCGGUUCAUCCGGAUCCUCCCUUGGUCAUGGUACGGACGCAUCACUUUACGGGCCGAGCUGCUCGGCUGCACAGAAGAGGAGUGAACUGCUGGGAAAAAAACACAGCUCCCCAGAAUAGCCCUCAAAUAUCUCCAUAUGAACUGUGCGAAACCUGUACAAAUUUAAAAUCGAUUUCUCAUGAACAAGUGUUCGGUUGUGAUAGACAGGAAUCUCUGAUUUGUACAAUGACCUAAGCCUACCCUUGUCAGAUGUUUGUCUUUUUUAUUUACUUAGAAUGGCUGGGUUACCACUUUUCUAUACAGCAUGUAUUUGUUUGAUGGAAGGUGGGGGCAGAGAGUUCACACUGUGGUUAAAAGAUCCAGGAAAGCUGCAAUUUUGUUUUAUGUUUUUUUUUUUUUUUUUAUUUUAAUUGUAUUUAUUUUUUAUGAAGAAAACGGUAAAGUGAUCCCUAACAGUAGAUUGCAUUCUUAAAGAUGUGUUUAUGAGCACUGCAAUUGCAUAAAAAAUACACAACACAAGUGGAACACAGUGUUUUUAAUAAUGAU